GCGUUUGCCGGGGGGAGGAGGAUGAGGGGGCGCCGCGGCGGCGCUUGUGGUGCAGCCGCGCUCGUCUGACCGGCCCCGCGGUCCCCGCCGCUUCCUCCGUGCCGCCCUCCGUACGCCCCGCCCGCGCCGCCGCCCGGGGCGGGAGAGUCGCGGAGAGUGGAUGCCUAGCGGGCACCCACGGGGCAGAGACCCGCGGACGCCAUGGGCUGCUGCAGCUCCGCCGCGCAGAGUUCCAAGCGAGAGUGGAAGCCUCUGGAAGACCACAGCUGCACAGAUGUACCAUGGCUGCUCUUAUUCAUCCUCUUCUGCAUAGGAAUGGGUUUUAUCUGUGGCUUUUCAAUAGCUACUGGAGCAGCUGCAAGACUGCUUUCGGGAUAUGACAGUUAUGGAAAUAUUUGUGGACAGAAAAAUGUUAAGGUGGAGGGAAUAGUCAACAGUGGUCUGGACCUCACACACAAGAAGUAUGUAUUCUUCUUGGAUCCAUGCAACAUUGAUCUAGUACAUCAGAAGAUUAAGUCUAUUGCCUUGUGUGUAUCAGCUUGCCCAAGGAAAGAACUGAAAACUCUGGCUGAUAUACAGAAAUUUGCAGAAACUAAUGGAUCCACUCUGUGUAGCUAUGAACUACAGCCAUCAGAAUAUACAACAGACCCAAGGGCUGCCAAGUUAUGUCCUAAAUAUCCUGUUCCAGAGAGUGCACCUAUUCCAUUCUUCCAUCGCUGUGCUCCUGUGAACAUUUCCUGCUAUGCCAAGUUUGCAGAGGCCCUGAUCACCUUUGUCAGUGACAGUAGUGUCUUACACAGGCUGAUUAGUGGAGUUAUGACCAGCAAAGAGAUUAUAAUGGGACUUUGCUUGUUAUCACUAGUGUUGUCCAUGAUUUUGAUGGUUAUAAUAAGGUACAUUUCAAGAGUACUUGUCUGGAUUUUAACAAUUCUUGUCAUUCUGGGAUCACUUGGUGGUACAGGAGUUCUGUGGUGGCUCUAUGCUAAACAACGAAUAUCUGCCGGUGCUCUUGAGACCCAAAUAGCCAAAGACAAUCUUCAGGCUCUCUUGAUCUAUGCCAUUGCAGCUACAGUCUUCACGGUUAUCUUGUUCUUGAUCAUGCUAAUUAUGCGCAAAAGAGUAGCUCUCACCAUUGCCUUGUUCCACGUGGCUGGCAAGGUCUUCAUUCACCUGCCGCUGUUAGUCUUCCAGCCAUUUUGGACAUUCUUUGUGCUUAUCCUCUUCUGGACAUACUGGAUCACAGUCCUGCUUUUUCUUGGUACUACAGGUAGUCCAGUCCCAAAUGAAGAAGGAUUUGUUGAAUUUCGAAUGGCAGGUCCUUUGAAAUACAUGUGGUGGUACCAUGUAGUGGGACUCAUCUGGAUCAGCGAGUUUAUCCUAGCCUGUCAGCAGAUGACAGUAGCAGGGGCUGUGGUAACAUACUAUUUUACAAGGGAGAAAAGAAACCUGCCAUUUACUCCUAUUUUGGCAUCUGUUAAUCGCCUUGUUUGUUACCACCUAGGAACAGUAGCAAAGGGGUCUUUCAUUAUCACACUAGUGAAGAUACCACGAAUGAUUCUUAUGUAUAUUCAAACACAACUCAAAGGAAAGGAAAAUGCUUGUGCUCGCUGUAUGCUUAAAGCCUGCAUUUGCUGCCUUUGGUGUCUAGAAAAGUGCCUGACAUAUUUAAAUCAGAAUGCGUAUACAGCCACAGCUAUCAACAGCACCAAUUUCUGCACCUCAGCAAAGGAUGCCUUUGUUAUCCUAGUGGAAAACGCUUUGCGAGUGGCUGCCAUAAACACAGUUGGGGAUUUUAUGCUGUUUCUAGGAAAGGUCCUGAUUGUCUGCAGCACAGGUUUGGCCGGCAUUAUGUUGCUGAAUUACCAACGAGAUUACACCAUCUGGGUGCUGCCACUCAUCAUUGUCUGCCUCUUUGCAUUCCUGGUUGCUCACUGCUUCCUUUCCAUUUAUGAAAUGGUUGUUGAUGUCCUUUUCUUAUGUUUUGCCAUCGAUACAAAAUACAAUGAUGGGAGCCCUGGCAGGGAAUUCUACAUGGAUAAAGUUCUCAUGGAGUUUGUGGAGAAUAGUAGGAAAUCUAUGAAAGAAGCUGGCCGGGGAGGUGGAGCUGAGGGCAGAGAGCUAAAACCAAUGGUAGGUGCAGAUGAGGAGGUGGCGAUCCUCCAAGAGUUUCACUUUUACUUCUUCUCCCUCUUUGUCUUUACUGACUGCACUUCUUCAGGAGAAGUUUUUGUUCUCUGUAUCACUCAAGAUGUUCUGCUUUUUCUGUUUGUGAGCUUGCCUAUCACCUGGAUGGCAGAGUUUUUGUCACAGCUGAGACCAUCUCCUGUAAAAGUAAGAUGAAAGGAACUGUCUCAUAUGAAACAAAUGCAGUAUCAUUUCAUUAGGAUUAGUGGUGCAUGCCAUGUGGUAUAUGCAGACAGCCCCAGCUGCUGAACAGUCUAAAACUAAGAUGGCUCUGAGAUUCUUUGGGCUCUUCUCAGCCCUGAGAUGAACAAUUUUUGCUCAUCUUACAUUCACUGCAAAAACCUGAAAUGAAGAACACUUACUGCGUGCAUCCAUUGUUGCAAAGUAAGACCAGGUAUUCAAAGCCCUCACCAAAUUAUCUUACACGGUGCCAAGGAAUUGGAUACAGUGAUUCCUUUCAACCUGCUCAAAUGACAUUUCUCCCAGUUGUUUGUUUUAUUGCCAACUACUUAUGUUGCUUGUCUCUUGUGUGCUCUUUCCAUCUCACACUGUCAGAUGCACAGACAGUGAACAAUGCAUCAUUUAUGCUUCUGCAGCCUGUUUUACUUAUGGUGUGCCUGUUAGGAAGGCAUUGCAUGUCUGAGUAGCCUGGAAUAAGAGCACUAUACAUGGUACAGAUAACAGAUAGGAGGAUAAGUUUGGAAAGUGGAGAACAGAGGGCGUAUAACAGAGAGCCAGGCUGAGCAAGGUAUGAUUUGUCAUUGUACAUUAUGACUUUGUGAAACAGAGUAUUUUUCCAUCAUCACUUUCUCAGAGUGUUUGGGGUCUUACUCAUUUCCGUACCAUGGGGGUCAUUUUUUAACCAAAUGGAAUCUAAAUAAGUGUAUGCUAACAGAAUAAUUUAUUUUUUCAACAAUGUAUGUGAAGCCAUGUUGCAUGAGCAUUUUUUGACUAAGCUGGAAUGGGUUCCUGCUAUAGACUGGAUAGAUGUGUAGCUUUGUGUGUUUUGCUAUUUCAUUAUGGCAUACCAGUUUCUAGAUUUGCUUAUGCCUAAAUGCUGCUGUGUUUAUACAUAUAAAAAACUAAUUCUAUUCUCAUUUACUGUUUUCUUCUGGGAGUAAUUCUAGCUGGUCAAAGAGACACUAACAUUGGGAUUUUCAGAACGAGCUAAUUGCUAUAAAUGCAAAUGUGCCACAAAAAUGAUUGAGAAUUGAGUGUGCAAACUCUCUAGUCAUAUGCACAAAAAAUUCAGUUCAAAAUUUUAUGUUAAACUCUGUUUCAAAGAAUUGGUUUACCUUAAGUGGUUUUCCACUUACACUGUUGUCAGAGGUGGUACCAACUGCUAAUUACACUUUGGUACUUGACUGCCUGAAGCUUGGAUGUUAAAAAAUUUUAUUCACCCCCACCCCUUUUAAAAGUGCAGACCAAGUAUUUGCAAACCAAGAGUGGUUUUAUUCUUAGAAGAAAUUUUUUAUGGAGUCUUAGCCUGGUGCUGGCUGAAAGUCCUCUUAGAGUGGCUGGAGAAGAUGCUGAGUACUUGAGGCUCAGAGUGGAAGUCUCCUGCUGAAUUACUCCCAAUUUUGCUGCUCAUGUGAAUGUCUUGUUGGAACUGUUUUGGCCUUGUGGUUUUCCAUUUUUGGACAUUCAGCUCCAGUUGAUUUGAUUAUGAAAUACUAGAAUCUCACUUCCUGAUCACGAUGGGACACAGCAGUUAAAUUUCUGAGGCCUUUCCCCAAAGUAGAGGGCCUCGGUUAUAGCUAGAAUAGGAUCAUUCAUAAGUCUAUUAUGUAACGGUAGCGCCCAUAGUCCCAAAAUUGCAUGUCUGAAAAUUAGAUCAAUACUACUUUUUUCUCUUUUUUUUACAGAGUCUUUACUGGUUUGCUUCAGUUUCCUUGAAAUGCAGAUAUUUCUUAGAUAUGACAAUUAUUUCUUAAAGUGAAAUGCCCUAAGUGCAGUUGUAUUUAAAAUAGGUAUUAGUAGCAGAGAUGAGAAAACACCUUAGUUCUGUUCUUGUAUCAGGGCACAACAAAAAACCCCACCUCUUCACGCUUCUUUCUUUAUGGCUUCCAGUGACCCCUUUGACUCAAUUUCUCCUUGUCCUUUGGCAUCUGUCUAAGACUGUACUGUAUGACUUUGUUUUCUAGGCCUCUGGAGCAAGUUCAUCUUGAAACUAGCCAGCCAUAUUGGAACCCAUUGACAUUCCAAAACAGUAUAUAUAUACAUAUAUACAUACAUACAUAUAUAUAUAUAUAUAUAAAAAUAAACAGCCAAAAUCAGAGAAAAGGAACAGGGAUUUAAAACUUUUUUUAACAAUUAUUUUUGUGAAACAUGUACUCUUUUCAUACGGGUGGCUUUUACAAGCAGCUUUAUCAUUGUUCCAUUUCUUAAAUUAUUUGUUGUGGUCAUGGAAAUGUUGAUUCUUCUUAUCUGCUUGACAUUUUAAAAUCUGGAGGAAGUAUCAUUGUAAAGAUAAUCUGAAAUUAUGACUGGGUUUAGAGACAGAUUUCCCAUGACACUACUAAUCUGCUGAGAGUUUUACUUGUUUAAUUUCUUUAAAAUCUGCAUUAAAUUCGGGACAGUGACCAUGUACAGAAAACCUUAAAAUCAAGAAAAGUCUCAAAUUUAUUUUUUCAGCAAAAAUUUGUUCAGUUGAAAUGUAUUUGUAAGUAGUUAUUUUACUUUACAGCCCUGGCAGGGCACAGUUCUGUUUACCAGUAUCAGAUAUCACAAUAACCAACUCCUCAGGUAUUUAGGUGUGUGGGGAGCCCUUGCAUCUCCUAUUAAACAGAACCUACAAAAUGGGGACAGAUAAUUUUUAUAUGCAAUUAACUUCCUGCUUACCCUACUUUUACCCCUCAUACCCAUUGCCCUCUAUCCUCCCCCUGAGUUCAGUAGCCUCCUUCACACUUCAGCAGUGCUCCUUUGAAGGGUAUGGAUUCUCCAUACGGGCAAGCGAAAUAACAGAUUGCUAAAGCUCAGUCUUAGCCAUACUCAUGAUUAAUUCAUGACUAGAUACAAAGAUGCUGAGGAUGGGAAGAAAAAUGAAUUAUACUGCUGUACAUAAAAAAGUACUGUAUGCUUCAUUUCAUCUAAUGAGAGAGCUCUGGGAGGUAGAAAGGAUCAUUCCUUGCCUGUUGCUUGAUCCAUAUUUGUACAUACUGUAGUGGGUGGCUAAAGCCAGAAAGGGCAGAGAAACAUUCCUUUGGAAAUGUGGCUGCCAGGAUAGUUAUCUGAAAUUAUUAAAUAAUGACAAGAGAACAUGCUUUUUUAUUAUUAUUAGAUACAUAAAUAUCUCUUCAGUCUGGAAGUUCACCAGAUAUGAGUGCUAAUAUUCAAUUGUUCAGCAUAGUGAAUUGGUAAAUGCAUAACUGUAUUUGCUAAGAAUUGAUGAUCUGUCUAUGCUAUAUAUUCCUUUUGUUAACAUUUUUUUAAGAAAACUAUUUUUGUUAUUGUAAAGUUAAUAUUUCAGAGCAGAAUUUUUAAACUUAUUGCACUAAAUACAAGCUGUCUACAAAUAAUGAUGCCUCAAUGGUUCAAUCACUCCAUUCCAGAAAAUCUUUUGAAAGAGUAAGAGCCUUUCUACAGAAGCUUUAUGAUGGAGUAGAGAGGUAUGUCUAGGUAAAGACAUGCACAACUCGUGUAAUCAAGGUUUAGUAAGUAAGCAGUUAACUGUGCUUCCUUUCAGACUAUCAGACUUCUAAAUUGCUGCUGAAGGUUUAAAUAAUUAUGUAGUAUCAUUUAGCUAACUAGUGCUCUUAUAUUUUUGGCAAUAGUAAAACAUUUCACUUUUGCUUCCAGAAGUAAUUUGAUAAAUUUGUUAAUUUUUUUUUCCUAUAAGCCAGUUAAUACAAUUUACACUUUUCAUAUCACAGAACCCAAACUAUUUGAAUGGUACAAAUAUAAAGAUACAUACAGAAAGGGUAGCUUGGGGAGCUGGGGAGGCAAAGAGAAUUAUCCAGUCCUGGAAGCACUUACUCAUUUAAGUGAACCAUAUCUGUAUCUACUAGCAUCAGGAGGGCUCUCUAAGUAUGGAAAUUGUAACGUACACAUCUGUGUAAGUGCUGACUGGACUACAGCUUCAGCCUAGGGAUUCAAACUGGAGCACAGGUGAGACCUCUCUGUGCAAGUUAGACAUCAGACUUGCCCAGAAGAAACACUGGAGCAGCCUUACUUUUGUGGAGAGGAGACAUUCCUGCAGUACCAGUGUCUAUGAUAGCAGUGGUACUCAACACCAGUAUUUGUGUAGAUCAGAGAGGUUUAGCAACACAAAUUUUAAAACCAGCUUAGAUGAAUCUAGAAACUGGUUUUCAAGACUAAAAGACUUAUCAAAAAGACUUAUCAAAUACUCAGUUGCUUCCAGAGAAUCUAGUUUCAUCUUGUUUGGAGGUUAUUGGAAGUGCUUAAUCAAAGAAGCCUUGUGUUCUGCUCAUUUUGAUAAAAAAAUUCUGCCAUGACUGGUUCCAUAAGUUUGUGUUCUCCACUCACUGGAUGUCCUGAGUGGGAACUGUAUUCUGUAAUUGCAACUAGGACUGCAAUUGGUAACAAAUUUUGUAUUUUUGUAUGACUUGACUGUGCACCAUUUUUAUAGCAGUUUAUCCUGUCUUAAAAAUAAAUUUGUUUAUUUACAUAGUGUUUGAAAGAUACAGGCAACACUUUUCUAUGGGUAGUUGUAAUGUUUAAGUGAGAAACCUACAUAAUUACAGUUCUUAAUAAAAACGUGUGCACCAUUCUUGAGUGUAUAUCCAGCAUGCAGAGCUUUCCAGUCUUGCCAAAAAGGCAUCCCAUCCACACACAGGCUUUCCAGCAGCCCUUUAAAGGUUUUGAAUUACCAUUGACAUUCAUUUGUAACCAAACUACAAGCUGCCCUCUUCCAGCUCUGUCUUGUGCAGAGACAAGCAGAGAUAAGCAGAAGACAGAAUUCUGAAAAGACAACUUUUCAGGGCAAAUUUAGACUACUUUCCUUUCCUAGUGGGGAUAGUGGAGUGGGAGGACAUUUUGGCAUAUAAAUCCUAUACAUAAAUUUUGGCAGUAGGGAUGCUGGGGUCUGCCAGCUGUGAGGGAUUAAAUACUCCUUUUGACUGGUGGUUAUUACAGCCAGUGUAUGGUCUGCUUUGUGGGAGGCAGUCUAGACUAAGUAGAGAGUGAUGCUGCACUGAGAAUAACAAUGCAGGAGGAGCAGAUGAGACAGGUAAAACAAAUCAUCUCCUCAGAAAGUCCAUUGAAUUAAGUAGUGCUAAAAGACUGGAAAUUUAGGCUGGACAAUUUGGAUUUAGAAAUAAUCAUUGGGAUUAUUGCUUCCCGGCAUUUGGUUUCUGCAUCAUAGUCUCUGACCAGCUAAGUUUCAUACAGAAAAACAUACUGAUCCUUAAAUUGUUAAAUUUUUUUUCCCACAUUAUUUUUCUGUUUGGAAGUUGAACAGCACCAUGUCAUCUUUACUGCUUCUUCCAGCCCUAGAGAAAGUUUUUUGGUUUUGUUCCUUUGUGUCUCAUUUCCAUAUUGCUCUCUGAGUAAAACAGUGGCAAGUGGCAGAGUGUCAGCUGCCCUUUGUCCCUUGAUCUUAACACAUAUUCUUUUACCUUCCCGAGGCAAUGAUUCAGGAUAUUACCUGAAUAGAGUAAUAUUAGAGUAUGUGCUAAGCUAAAGUUCUGAGGCAGAAUUUUUUUCUUUUUUUUUGUCUGGUAUUACUCCAUCGCUGUGGUUAGAAGUGCAACCAAUCACUUCUAGAGUUUCACUGCUGCUCCACAGCUAGGCUUUAACACAUAGGAUGGCCAGCUUAGAUUUGCAUCUUCAGCUUUCCAUGAGCUCCCAGUCCCAGAACCAGGAUGGGCUUCUAAAUGUGGCCUUACAUGGCCUGGCAUAGUAAAUGAAGGACUUUUUGCAUUUGAAAAGUGUUUUCUAUAAGCGAGACCUAACAGUGGAAAA